AUGCUAAUCGGUCUGUGUGGAGGAAUCUGCGCUGGAAAGCGGACGGUAGCCAAUUACCUCUCUGAGCACCACGGUUUCACACACCUUUACCUCAAGCAAGAUUCGGCGAAAACGGAUCCAAUCGAGUCCUCGAAUGGCAGCGCAGAUGAAAGCGCGAAAGAAGGUCCAAAAUCGACGCGUAUAAUCCCCUAUAUCAACGGAACAAUCACAGACAAGCAGCACACUUUCACAAGCACAGAGGACCUGCUGGACUUUGUCACAAAGCGAUGGCGUGAAAGAUGGGUCACCACAGACAUCCACACUGAGUCUAUACUCGACAAGCUCCUGCGCAGACCCUUCUUUAUCCUAGUCAGCAUCGAUGCACCAGUCAGUGUGCGGUGGAAACGAUUCCAUUCUCGAUUCCAGAGCCAGAACUCCUCCUCAAGUAUGAGCCUCGAGGACUUCCUCCUAAAGUCAGACGAGCACCUCUACAGUCCCGAAUGCGGCCUCCUCCCUCUCAUCUCUCGAGCUACAAUUCGUCUCCUCAAUACCUCGUCGGAUAUCGCACACCUCUACGCUACGCUUGGGAAGUUGGACUUGACAAAUGAGGAUAGGUUGCGGCCGAGCUGGGAUCAAUAUUUCAUGCAAUUGGCAUCACUGGCUGCACAACGAAGCAAUUGUAUGAAGCGGCGGGUAGGAUGUGUUUUGGUCAGAGAGAAGAGGGUCAUCAGCACGGGGUACAACGGUACACCGAGAGGACUGAAGAACUGUGGAGAGGGAGGGUGUCCACGAUGCAACGAGGGGCAAGGCUCUGGCGUUGGUCUGGGGACAUGUCUUUGUAUCCAUGCGGAGGAGAAUGCGCUGCUGGAAGCUGGCAGGGAACGCAUCAGGGAGGGUGCUAUACUCUACUGCGAUACGUGUCCGUGCUUGACUUGCAGCAUCAAAAUCACGCAGGUGGGGAUCAGCGAGGUGGUUUAUAGUCAGAGUUACAGCAUGGAUGGGGAGACAGCAGCAGUCUUCAAAGAAGCUGGUGUGCGUCUCCGGCAGUUUGUUCCUGUAAGAAACACCCGAACUCUUCAUCCUGGCUGA